CACGCUGCCCGCGCAAUGGUACGGACACAAAGUUAAAUCCUCGUGGUUCUCUUUGGUUAGGCUGGUACCGGUGGUAUUCCUCGGGAUUUCUUCUCGGGUUGUCUGAGGGGAUUCGGUUUCUCUCUUGUGAGAUGUAGAAUUCUGGGAGCAUUGUGGGGGAAAUGGUAUUAAAGUCUACUUGUUAAAACUUUUCGUUACCUUAGCAAAGUACGUUGCGAAGUAGAGUUGGCGAUUCGGGAUUUAAUAUCAGUUUUAGUCUGGGAUGCUGCGUCACUUAUGGUAGUAAUAUCUUAUAGAUAUUAUCUUCCUGAAUUUCUAGGACAUCGCAUACUGAUUUUUGUUUUCAUAUGAUUCACUCCUUAGGGAGAUAAAAUAGAUAAAAAGAACAACUGGCAUCUGACCUCCGCGGGCACAUGGUGCGUCGCGACGAUCAGCUGAUACACGUGAAGCAGCAGUUCAGCGUGGAACGUUGGUGAGUGAGGACGUACGGCACACUCUCUCUCCCGCGAGCGUGGCCUAAGAAAUUCAGUGUGGUGAUCGUAAUACAAAGGUGAAAUUGAUAUUGACCAAGUUCUUUUUUAUAUGCCUGUGAACACGAUGGCAAGUUUGACUCUCGAGGAAGACUUAAACGCAGCCGCCUGCCUAGUUGCCAUGAAGGGCGGCGGAAGGCUGAGUCCGUGGGCGGCGCCAGAAACCAACAGCCAACGCCCACGUCUUCAAGUAAAAACUCACCUACCACUGCAACGGCCAUUCCAUGACCCACCACCUACCCACACGCCCGCACCAAGCCCCGAACACUCUCCUUCAGUCGAAUUCACACACCACGCCUUCCCCCUGUCGCCCGACCACAUGUACCAGCCGCCCACCCCGCCCACCCCUCCGUCGCCGCCCACUCCCAUUCUGGAGGAUCACUCCUACUGCCCGUCGGCGAUGGAGGCGUGCGACGCCAGCCCCGACCACUCGGUGUACCUGAUCGCCCGCAUCCUGGCCGACCUGAAGCGCGUGCAGCAGGAUCGGGUGGACGUCCGCGAGAAGGCGCCGGAGUCCCUGCCGCCCACCGCCGCCGCGCCCUCGCCCGCCCCUCCCUCCCACAUCACACACACCCUCCCCCUGCCCGCCCAGACGCAGGAGAAGCCCCUGGAUUUCAGCAGAAGAGGCGUGGCGGAGGCAGCCGCGAGCGCCGCCGAGGAGCGGGACGCGGGCGCCGCCAGCCGCACCCCCGCGAGGUGCACGGGCGGGCGGCGAGGGCGGGGUCGGGCCAGCCAGCAGAAGGUGGAGGACAAGCGCGCCCACCCUUGCACUUUCCCCGGCUGCGACAAGAUCUACGGCAAGUCGUCGCAUCUGAAAGCACAUCUGAGGACGCACACAGGAGAGCGCCCGUUCGAGUGCACGUGGGCGUCCUGCAGAAAGAGGUUCGCCCGCAGUGACGAGCUGGCACGACACACCAGGACCCACACCGGAGAGAAGAACUUUGUGUGCCCCGUCUGCCAGAAGAGGUUUAUGCGCUCAGAUCACUUAAGCAAACACGCCCGCAGGCACCCGGACUUCGACCCGACCCUCCUGCGGCAGCGGCGCCACGCAGCCCCGAGCCCUCUCACCUGCCCGUCCUCUUCCGCCGUCUCGGACAUGGAGGAACCCAGCUCUCCUUGAGGUCUGCCACACUUAGGAAGCAAGUCCCAAGUAGUCGCCGUCGCCGCCGCCGCCGUCUCUGUGCCACACGCGGCUUCGUCUGCCGUGCAGUACAAAGUGCUGUGUCCUCCCGCAGCGCCACACAUGUAGCCUGACCAUAAUGAAGUGUUGGAGCAAGCGGGUGUUGCCGUGGUGCAAAUAGAGGACCAAAAAAAAAAAAAAAGAGAGAAAGGAAAAGAUGGAAAAAAUGCAUAUGAAAUUGUUAAUAGUAUCUUGUUUCCCUCUUUCUCUCGUUCUCGUGGUGUGACGCUCAACCAAUCCACCCACUCAAAUGUUUGUAAAUACUUUUUUUUUAAUUAUUGUAUCUCUCUCGCGGAAGUUAAAUAGGCUCUACCCACUCAGGUCUGUGAGGCAUACCACACACAAAAUAUCCUAUUGCUCAGAAUUACGUAUUCAAGUGCAACACAGUGUAGCAGUCAUCAGAGUUGUGUCAUCUGUGCAUCUGCUCUCAGCUGCUCAAAAAAAGAAAAAGAAAAAAAAAACAUGUGAUGUAUAUAUAUUUUACAUGAGACAGUUACUUGAUGCUCUUUUGAUAUAUGCAUACAUAUACAUAUAUAUAUCUAUAUAUAUAAUGUAUUUUUAAUUGUGUUCCAUGACUUUUGGGAGUGUAUCACACGUGUUGUAAAUUGUAUACAUAUCGUAUCAGUAGGUUCAAACUGUAAUGAUAUUCACACAUUUAUAUGUAUACCCAUUAUACCUACAUAUUCCCUGUGUACAAGUGUGUGAUCCUUCACUUCCAUGUAUAUAAACAUUGGGAGUACUUGCAGCUACCAGGAAAAUGUUUGUACUAUCUCCCCGUGCUCAUACUAUUGGUCUUUGUAAAAUACAGGGUCUCGGUCGAUGAUCAGAAGAGAGUCUUCAAUCUUGCUACAAACUAGACAUUUUUGUAAAAAAUAUCUAGUAAAAUACUAUUAACCAUUUUCUCUAGGCCUGAACUAUUUUUGAAUGCAGAAAAUACUAAUAAGUUUGUGUAAAUACAAUAAGUAUUUGCUGGCUAUCUCAAAUGUUUGAAUUCCCAAAUCAUUUCUGGAUAUCCCAGUUAAUGUUCUUGAGGCAUAAAAGAUAUACAGAAUGCAGAUAUGGGUGAAUUAUUUGUUACAGAAUGGAUAGUUAUUUUUCUAUUUGAAAAGACAAUAUUACCAACCCCCUUCAAAAAAAAAAGAAAAAAAAUACACAGAAAAGAAAGGAGACACCAGUGUUUUGCCUCAUACUUGACAUUAACCAGGGUAUGUUGUAAAUGACAGGUUGUAGUACUUUUACCUGGUGCUAUUAAGUGCCUUAGAUGGUUGGAGCACCAAUGUUCCCACACUCAACACUACCCCACACAGGUCUAGUGAUUCCUCUCCCCCUCCACGAGUAUCUAACCACAUCGGUCCUCAUCCACCUAAUAAUACCAUGCCUUUCCACUCCCACCACUUCCAAUGUCCCCCUCAUGUGGUACUUGAUAUUGCACCUUCUCAUUGUAUACACUCUACCCCAGCAUUCAUAUGUUUAAUAUAAGGCAUUAUUUAUCCAUAUAUAGGGUAAUUUAUGUAUAUUCAUGUUGUAUCGCACACUAUUAUUUUACAUACCUCCUACUGCGUUCCUUUGAAGGCAUGCCACUUUUGUAAGGUUGGGCUGGAAACCAUAUCAGUUCCUCUGUUAAUGUUACUGUGGCGGUAUUUUUUUUCAUGGCAUUUCACGAUGCCUGCACCAGCACAAUUGCCAGCUAAUCUUAUCAGGCCUGUCCAUGGCUCUUGAGAUAUACCUAGGAAAAGCCAAAUUCGUAGACAUAUAAAGUUCCCUGGUUUUAUUUUGGAGGAUAAAAUGUUGACAGCUUCUUUUCAUAUAUUAUGUAGUUGCAUAUUUUGAUAUAUGUGACUCUUUGUAAAUAUAUUUAAAAAUAUUUUAUGACUGCUUUCUGAAUUAUAAGUGAAAGGAGUUUAGACAGUAUUUUCAGAUUAGCAGGGAAAAUGAGGUAGUCAUAGAUAUGAAAAUAGUCACAUUUUGUAACAGAGUAUCAUCCCAUUUCAACAAAUUCAUGCUCAUUUCCUUGCAAUAUCCCAUCUCAGACCUCAAGACAGUGUGUGUGUCUAGUCACUACAGGGCCAACCCUAAACAGCAUAAAGUUGAAAUUUAAAUACUAGACAACUUAUGUACUUAUAUCCAUUUACAAAAAUGAGAAUUUAUACUUACAGUUACAGUACAACUGGCUGAAGGUUUCUAUUUUUUUUCUGGUUGAUGCUCACUAAAUCUGCCAAGUGUUUAUUGAUCAAACUUCAGCUCUAGUGCCAUAUUUUAUUUUGAGAGAACAGUAAAUAGACUUAAAAAUGAAAGAAGAACAGUUGUAACUGAUUUUUUGAUUUUGAAAGACUAGGCUACUGCUAGCAAAAAAAAAAAAAAGAAGGUUUUUUGAUGGCAAUUAACCCCAAAAGAGUUUUAGAACUGGAAAACCAUUGCCAAUGAGGAAGGCAUCUGCUAUACAUUAUUUCCAAUUUUUUUUUUUUUUUUUUUUUUUUCUUUACUUUACACAAUGUGG